CUGGCGAGCGAGCUGCGGGCCGGGGCCACCGGGAAUGACCCCGGCGGUGACACCGGGCUGCGGGUGCAGUGCGUGGCCGCUGACCUGGGCUGCGAGCAGGGGCUGCGGAGGGCGAGCGCUGCCCUGCGGGAGCUGCUGCAGGACGCGUCCUUCGGCCGCCUGCUGCUGGUCAACAACGCCGGCUCUUUGGGAGACAUCUCCAAAUCCUUCCUGGACUUCACUGACCUACAGGAGAUCAACACCUACUUCUCCUUCAACAUCAGCUCAGCUCUGUGCCUCACCUCCACGGCCCUGAGGGCGUUUGGGGCCCGGCCUGGCUGCAGCAGGACCGUGGUGAACAUCUCCUCCCUGUGUGCCAGGGAGCCCUUCCCCAGCUGGGCUCUGUACUGUGCAGGCAAAGCUGCUCGGGACAUGAUGUUCAGGGUGCUGGCACUGGAGGAGCCCCAGCUCCGUGUGCUCAGCUAUGCCCCAGGACCUCUGGACACAGACAUGCAGCUCCUGGCCCGGACCAGGACUGGAGACCCUGGGAUGCGCCAGCAGUUCCAGAGGAUGCAGGAGAAGGGGCAGCUCAUUGACAGCUCUGUGUCAGCCCAGAAGCUGCUCCAGCUCCUGAAGGAGGAUUCCUUCCCCUCUGGAGCCCAUGUGGAUUUCUAUGACAUCUGAGCUUUGCCUUCCUGCUUUGUUUCCAGCUCAGUCUUUCCCUGGUGCCUCCAGCAGGAUUUGGUUCAAAUCUUGGGGUUUGGGAAGUUUUAAGACACCUCUGUGUGCCUUAUAAACAGCCCUGGUGGCUUUUGGGGUUGAGCAGCAGCUGGAAUCCCUCAGUUCUGGGGGGUCUGGGAGGAGAGGAAUGGCCCUGGAAGGUUCCAAGUGUCCUGCACAGGAGUUUGUGGGACACAGGGGGCAGAGAUGUCCCUGCCAGCCCCAAAGAAGCCAGCAGCAGCAGCAGGGUGCUGUGUCUGGGGGCUGUGUCCCCGUGUCCCCCCAGCCCCAGGUCCCCAGGGAGCCAUUCCUGGGGCUGGGGUGGUGGCACUGUCCCCCUGAGCCCCGACUCUGUGCCCCGCUCCUCCUGCCUCUGAAUCCUGAGUUACGAUGCAGCAGGAGCAGGAAUCACCAGGAGAGGGAGCUGGCCUUGGAGGAAUCGGGAAUUUUGGGAAUUUUGGGAGCCCGGCUGGGGUCACCAGCUGAGGGAAACCUGAUCAGAGCAAAGGCACAGCCCUGAGCUCCUGCCCUGCUCCUGCUGCAGGUUUUGGGUCCAAGCCUUGCCUUGGGGCUUCAGCCCCUUCCUUUGAAUUAUUUGUGGAGGUUUUUUGUCGCUUUUCCGUCAGAUUCCUGCAGGCACAGACACACAGAGGCUUUUCUUCUGGAAAGCUGAUGCAGAAAAGUUGUUUUGAAGGCCAGCACACCCCCUGUGUGCCCUGGAAAUGCCCAGUGCCCCUCUGUGCCCCCUCCACCCAACCCUGCAGCUCAGAUUCUGUCACCCUGGCUCUCCGAUCAUUAAAAGUUGUAAAAUCAUCAA